GCGAGACUACUCCGGGCAGAGGCAGUAGCAGAGCGAGAAGAAAGAUGAUGGGAGCUCAAAUCUUUUCACACAAGUGACCCAUUUUCAAGCGCAUAUCUUCGAGAAGCCCGGUUCUUGUUUGAGAUAUAUAUUUUUUUUUACAUUUUUUGAAUCAACAACGAUGUCGGCGUCGGCGAUAUUUGUGCUGGACCUAAAGGGAAAGGUCUUGAUCUGCCGUAAUUACAUGGGAAACAUGGAUAUGAAUGAGAUUGACCACUUCAUGCCAAUGUUAAUGAAGCGGGAGGAAGAGGCAGAGAUGACUCCAUUGGUUACCCAUGGCUCCUCUCACUUUCUGUGGAUCAAGCACAACAACCUUUACUUGGUAGCCAUGACCAAAAAGAAUGCCAAUGCUGCUCUGGUGUAUUCCUUCCUUUAUAGAAUUGUCCAGGUGUUUCAGGAGUACUUUAAGGAGCUGGAGGAGGAGAGUAUUCGUGACAACUUUGUGACUGUGUAUGAACUGAUGGACGAAGUAAUGGAUUUUGGAUUCCCACAAACAACUGACAGCAAGAUUCUUCAAGAAUACAUUACCCAGCAGGGUCACAAGCUUGAGGUUGGGGCUGUUAGGCCUCCCGCCACUGUGACCAAUGCUGUGUCUUGGCGAUCAGAGGGCAUCAAGUACAGAAAUAAUGAAGUUUUUAUGGAUGUCAUCGAGUCGGUAAAUCUACUGGUGAGUGCCACUGGCACUGUCCUCCGAAGUGACAUAGUGGGUAGCAUUAAGCUCAAAGUGGUCCUUUCAGGAAUGCCUGAACUCAGACUGGGCCUCAAUGACAAAGUGCUGUUCGAAAUCACAGGGAGAGCCAAGACUAAAACCGUGGAUCUUGAGGACGUGAAGUUUCAUCAAUGUGUCCGUCUUUCGCGCUUCCAGAAUGACCGUACAAUUUCUUUCAUCCCCCCUGACGGCGAGAGCGAGCUCAUGUCCUACCGUCUUAACACAACAGUCAAGCCACUCAUAUGGAUCGAGAGUGUGAUAGAGAGGUUCUCCCACAGCCGUAUCGAGAUCAAGGUGAAGGCUAAGAGUCAGUUUAAGAGUCGGUCAACUGCCAACAACGUGUCUAUUUUGGUGCCGGUGCCCAAUGAUGCGGACUCACCAAAGUUCAAGACCAGCACGGGCAGUGCCAAGUGGUUACCAGAGAAAAAUGUGGUGCAGUGGAAUAUCAAAUCUUUUCCUGGUGGUAAGGAGUAUUUGAUGCGGGCACACUUUGGGCUACCCAGUGUGGAGUGUGAGGAGAUGGAGGGAAAACGACCAAUCACUGUUAAUUUUGAAAUCCCCUAUUUUACAGUCUCUGGCCUUCAGGUGCGCUACCUGAAGAUUAUAGAGAAGAGUGGUUAUCAGGCCUUGCCUUGGGUGCGCUACAUCACACGAAGUGGAGAUUACCAGCUGCGGACAAACUAAAGGGUAAAGUUGCUGGAAGACGAAUGGCUCUCUGUGUGACUCCCAGCGUCUUACUGCAUGAAUGGGACAGCAGAAAGGUCCCCUCUUCUCUUCUACCAAAAAAUUAUGGAAUUCCAAAAAAAAAAAGAUGUGCAAAUUUCAGAAUCUCCUGUUAUGCAAGCUCACAAAUGUCCACGGCAGAGUACGCUAGUUCUCAGAAGGAUAUCAUACUUUUUUUAUAUUACAAGAGCAAAAGAUCAAAGACAUUUUUUUUUUCUUUAAAGAUUAUAAUAUUGCACGUCUUUGACUUUUUUAUGCCAAGAAAAACAAAUAAUGACACAAUUUGAAUUUUAUACAUAAAAUGCCAACUAAUGUCAAUGUAUGAACACUUAGUAUUUGCAUAUUUUUAAACUCAGCAUAAAAAAAAAACUUUGGAAAGUCUUUUGUGGUUGUGCUUUAUCUUUGUCCUUGCAAUGUAUGUUUUCUGUUCCUAAAACUCCAUUACCGUAUUUUUCGGACUAUAAGUCGCAGUUUUUUUCAUAGUUUGGCCGGGGGUGCGACUUAUACUCAGGGGCGACUUUUGUGUGAAAUUAUUAACACAUUAACGUAAAAUAUCAAAUGAUAUUAUUUAGCUCAUUCACGUAAGAGACUAGACGUAUAAGAUUUCAUGGGAUUUAGCGAUUAGGAGUGACAGAUUGUUUGGUAAACGUUUAGCAUGUUCUAUAUGUUAUAGUUAUUUGAAUGACUCUUACCAUAAUAUGUUAUGUUAACAUACCAGGCACGUUCUCAGUUGGUUAUUUAUGCCUCAUAUAACGUACACUUAUUCAGCUGGGGCGGAAGGCGGGGUACACCCUGGACAAGUCGCCACCUCAUCGCAGGGCCAACACAGAUAGACAGACAACAUUCACACUCACAUUCACACACUAGGGCCCAUUUAGUGUUGCCAAUCAACCUAUCCCCAGGUGCAUGUCUUUGGAGGUGGGAGGAAGCCGGAGUACCCGGAGGGAACCCACGCAGUCACGGGGAGGACAUGCAAACUCCACACAGAAAGAUCCAGAGCCCGGGAUUGAACCCAAGACUACUCAGGACCUUCGUAUUGUUUGGCAGACGCACUAACCCCUCUAUCACCGUGCUGCCCGCAUUAAAAUUACUUCUGCAAAUUACACUCUUCUCACUUAGUCUGUCCCAUUUUGUGGAGAGUUCCAUACCUUCUUCAUAUUCCCAUCAUUUGUUCAUGUAAAGUUGUGGUCAAAAGUUUACAUACACUUGUAAAGAACAUAAUGUCAUGGCUGUCUUGAGUUUCCAAUAAUUUCUACAACUCUUAUUUCUUUGUGAUAGAGUGAUUGGAGCACAUACUUGUUUGUCACAAAAAACAUUCAUGAAGUUUGGUUCUUUUAUGAAUUUAUUAUGGGUCUACUGAAA